CAAAACUCAAAGUAUUAAUAGCCGCUGCGUUAUCAGUAGCCAGUGCCGGUCCAAGUCCAAACUAAAACCAAUACUUUCAUUUCAUUUGACGUUAGUGAUCCAAUACAAAAAAUAGUGCACAGUAGUGUGGUAGCGUAGUUCUGUUUCUCGAAUAUUAAAUAAAUAAAUAGUGAAUAAUUUAUCUAUGAAAAUAAAAAUGUUACGAAAUUUAAGUAAAGCUGUACAAACUCAAAAAGCUAAAUUCGCAACUGCAGCCGCACCGGCACCGCAUACGAACCCUGAAAUUUUAUACACAGGGUUAUUCAUCAACAACGAAUGGCUAAAGUCCAGUGACGGCAGAACGUUCAAGACAGAGAACCCGACCAACGGGAAAGUCAUCGCGGAAGUUCAACAAGCAGGCAAAGCGGACAUCGACAAAGCCGUGAAGGCGGCCAAAGAUGCAUUCAAAUUGGGGUCACCGUGGAGGACAAUGGAUGCAUCGCAGCGCGGCUAUCUUAUCAACAAACUGGCAGACCUUAUCGAGAGGGACCGCGCUUACUUGGCUAGUCUAGAGACACUGGACAAUGGCAAACCAUACCUGGCGUCGUACUACGGAGACGUUGCCUCUGUGAUCAAGAACCUGCGGUACUACGCGGGCUGGGCCGACAAGAACCACGGCAAAGUGCUGCCCACUGACGGGAAAUACUUCGCCUAUACCAGACAUGAACCUGUCGGUGUGUGCGGUCAGAUAAUCCCAUGGAACUUCCCCCUACUGAUGGCGGCGUGGAAGCUGGGCCCUGCGUUGGCUGCCGGCAACACGCUGGUGCUGAAGCCCGCCGAGCAGACGCCGCUCACCGCACUGUACAUCGCGCAGCUCGUCAAGGAAGCUGGCUUCCCAGCGGGCGUGGUGAACGUCGUGGCAGGCUUCGGGGACGCCGGCGCAGCUAUCGUCGACCAUCCCGACGUCGACAAGGUCGCCUUCACUGGUUCAACUGACGUCGGCAAGUUGAUCCAACGCAACGCGGCGGGCACCGUGAAACGUAUCACUCUAGAGCUGGGUGGCAAGUCGCCCAACGUGGUGUUCGCGGACUGCGACCUGCCCUACGCCGUGGAGCAGUCGCACAUGGCGCUGUUCUACAACAUGGGCCAGUGCUGCUGCGCCGGCUCGCGAACGUUCGUGGAGGACAAGAUAUACGACAAAUUCGUGGAGAUGUCAGCGGCGCGCGCGGCGCGGCGUGUGGUGGGAGACCCCUUCCGCCCCGACACCGAGCAGGGCCCGCAGAUCGACGGAGAACAGCACGAGAAGAUCCUGGGUCUGAUCGAGACAGGCAAGCAGCAAGGCGCCAAGCUGAUGACGGGCGGCGCGCGCCACGGCAAGGAGGGCUACUUCGUGCAGCCCACGGUGUUCGCCGACGUCAAGGACGAUAUGGAGAUCGCGAGAACUGAGAUUUUCGGUCCCGUGCAGACGAUCCUGAAGUUCUCUCAGAUGGACGAGUUGCUGGAGCGCGCCAAUAGCUCGGAGUACGGUCUCGCCGCCGCAGUCUUCACAAAGGACAUCGACCGCGCCAACUACGUCAUACAGGGUCUCCGAGCGGGCACGGUGUGGGUGAAUGACUACAACGUGUUCGGCAACCAGGUGCCGUUCGGCGGCUUCAAGCAGUCGGGCAUCGGGCGCGAGAACGGGCCCUACGGCAUCAAGAACUACACCGAGGUCAAGGCGGUGGUGGUCAGAGUCACUGAGAAGAACUCGUAACUUCCCUUUGAGCUUUGCACAAAUGGAACUAUUCCUUGUUAUCACAGACUAAACGAAAAACAUAGACUGACUUACAAACCACACAAAUAAGUCAUUGGUAAAUACGGUACGGGUGGGUAUGAUGACGUGAGGAGCUGGUGCGAUUUUUAGAUUAUUUUUUUCACAAUUUCUCGCUACCUUCUGUUGUCAUAUCCAUUUGUUACGCAGGUGUUUGGACUCUGUGCAAUUUGCCUGUAAAAUAUAACAUUCAAUACACAGAAUUUAUAAAAAAUAUGCAGCUUACGCUUUUGUAACAUACUUGUAUAAAUAUAUAAGUUACCUAUAUUUUUUCUUUAGUCUGUGAUUUUUAGGUAUUUAUAUGAGUUUUGAAGUUUACAGUCGAAUUUACUACCCUAGCUGUAUCACUUUUACAUUGUACCUUAUUUUUAUUAAAAUAUUUUUCAUUAAAAAUGAAAUUUGACAAAACAGUGGCAAAAUUAUCAAACUGUGCAUUCCAUUGAAUAUGGACGCAAUAUUCACUAAAUUAUUUUCCAUCAAUACAUGUAGUUUUUGAAUGUUUAUAUACACAUGUCAAUUAAUAGAAACGAAAAAUAGACUUAUACUUUUAGAUCUAAUAUCAAUGCUAUAUUAGAUAGGAUUAAAAGCAUCUUCACUUGUUCAAACAAGUGUGUUCAAAGAUAAUUCCGUCUAUUAUUUUUCCUGUAGUCUAUGACUAAAUGGUGUUUUGUAAGAAAAUAUUUUGAGGCUGUUUUACGCAUUUUAUGUAAAUAUCUUCUGUUGCCAUUUGAAAACUAUAGUUAUUAUUUCCAAGAAGUAAAAAUAGCAUGUAAGAAAUAAAACAAUUGUAAUCAGUAA